ACUAUUUGACGCGCUGUGACCCGCCUGCCGGAAGUCGGGUGGCUGACCAUGGCGACGGUGGCGGAGCAGUGGGUGCUGGUGGAGAUGGUGCAGGCGCUGUACGAGGCUCCAGCAUACCACCUUAUUCUGGAAGGAAUCCUAAUACUUUGGAUAAUCAGACUUGUUUUCUCUAAAACUUACAAGUUGCAAGAGCGUUCUGAUCUUACAGCCAAGGAGAAGGAAGAACUGAUUGAAGAGUGGCAGCCAGAGCCCCUCGUGCCUCCGGUCUCCAAGAACCAUCCCGCUCUGAACUACAACAUCGUCUCCGGACCUCCAACCCAUAACAUCGUGGUGAAUGGAAAAGAGUGUGUCAACUUUGCCUCCUUUAAUUUCCUUGGGUUGCUGGCCAACCCUCGGGUUAAGGCCGCAGCAUUUUCGUCUUUAAAGAAGUAUGGCGUGGGGACCUGUGGUCCUCGAGGGUUCUAUGGCACAUUUGAUGUCCAUCUGGAUUUGGAAGAGCGUCUGGCAAAAUUUAUGAAGACUGAAGAAGCCAUCAUUUACUCGUAUGGCUUCUCCACCAUAGCCAGUGCGAUUCCUGCGUACUCUAAGAGAGGGGACAUCAUUUUUGUGGACAGUGCGGCCUGCUUUGCUAUCCAGAAAGGAUUACAGGCAUCACGCAGUGACAUUAAGUUAUUUAAACAUAAUGAUGUAGCUGACCUGGAGCGACUGCUAAAAGAACAAGAGAUUGAAGAUCAAAAGAAUCCUCGCAAGGCCCGUGUGACUCGGCGGUUCAUCGUCGUGGAAGGGUUGUACAUGAACACUGGAACCAUCUGCCCUCUUCCAGAACUGGUUAAAUUAAAAUAUAAAUAUAAAGCAAGAAUCUUCCUGGAGGAAAGCCUGUCGUUUGGAGUCCUUGGGGAGCAUGGGCGAGGUGUCACCGAGCACUAUGGGAUCAAUAUUGAUGAUAUCGACUUUAUCAGUGCUAACAUGGAGAAUGCGCUUGCUUCUGUUGGGGGCUUCUGCUGUGGCCGCUCCUUCGUGGUUGACCAUCAGCGGCUCUCUGGCCAAGGAUACUGCUUUUCAGCUUCCCUGCCUCCCCUGCUAGCUGCUGCUGCUAUUGAGGCCCUCAACAUCAUGGAGGAGAAUCCAGGUAUUUUUGCGGUUUUAAAGAAAAAGUGCCAGAACAUCCAUAAGUCUCUACAAGGUGUUUCUGGUUUAAAAGUGGUGGGGGAGUCCUUUUCCCCAGCACUUCACCUACAGCUGGAAGAGAGCACGGGCUCUAGGGAGAAAGAUAUGAAGCUGCUUCAGGAGAUCGUAGACCAGUGCAUGAAUAAGGGCAUCGCAUUGACCCAGGCCCGCUACUUGGACAAGGAAGAGAAGUGCCUUCCUCCUCCAAGCAUCAGGGUUGUGGUCACCGUGGAGCAGACAGAGGAAGAGCUGCAGAGGGCUGCAUCCACCAUCAGGGAGGCAGCGCAGGCUGUGCUGUUGUAGCCCCUGCCCGGUGCAUCCUGCCAUGUCACCUGCAGACGGAACUACUCAGAGACCUCCAGCUGGCCAGGGAGCGGAUUGCUGCCCUUGAAUACACAGCCAGAAUGGAUGGUUGUAUCCAGCAGGAGCUGUCUUCUAGAGGAUGACAAAUGACACGACUCACUGGUGUUUAUGCGGUGCCAUGUGCUCUGUCAGGAUGCUUCACUGUCUGAUAUUUAUAUUCGCUUUUAUUUAAAACUGGAGCUUCAGUUUCCCCUCUCCUGGCUAUGGGAAUGAUUCAGUAAGCACUCCUCCGAAUUCCAUAGCAAAGGACUUGGCAGCUAAGAGGAACUCUCCAUGUACUACAGUUACUGUGGGAGACUGAUAGACUGCAUCUUCCCAGGUUCUCCAGGCAAAGCUCAGCGGUGGCUGCUACGCAGAGAACUCUCUGUGUUACAAACAUCAUAUAACAUGUUGAUCCUAGGACUCUGUGCUCCAGUUAUGGAUAGUCAUGUCUAAUCUGAGCUUCACUAAUAUUCAUACUGCUUCCUAAGCAAUAAUCUGAAUCAAACAUUAUUUUAUUUUUGUGUAAUUGACUUUAUAUUUUUUAUAUAUUCUCUAGUCAGUUUUGGGAAGAGGGUUAUUAUUCUGGUCCCCAAAUACAAAUCAUGCCCUUGGUAUUUUUUAAUAUGUCUGAUGUCCUUUUUCAUGGUGGUUUUGUCCAGGAACAUAGAACUGUGGGCUUUUUCUAAGCUGAGAAAAAUGAGAACUUACUUCAUUCAUUCUAUAAAUUCCAGAUGCCUCAGAAAACUAGGAAUGCUCUAAAAGUGAUUUCCAAGCUGUACACUGGCUGCUGUCCUUAGCGAGUGUUCUGAGUGGUGUAAAGGCUUGUGACAUGUGCCACGGAUCGUGUACAUGGAAGGCCAUUACUCCUUCUCUUGUUGCACAGGCAGAGGAAUCAGGUCAUUUAAACGUUGUUUUCUGAUGUGCAUUCAUGUUUCCCGUGGAUCGGCAUCUUUCUAAGUGAUGUGUGCCAUUUAUAAUGUUUGUAUUUCAUACGUGCCUUGUGAUUGCUGCUGCAUUGCGGGUCCACUCCGCUCCUGUCGGGGUAAAUCUGCUUUGUCUUGGGUUUUACUGAAAUAAACUCCAAGAGCUCACAUUCCUGAAAGGGAGUCUGUUUGGACAACACCUUUCUCAGCUCAGCAGGCUCUCAAUUUUAACCUUUGGCAAAUCUAAGGCAGUAUUCUUUUUCCCUGUGCAUUUUUCUUUUGUUUUAGAACAUAAUUUAAUAUCUUAGUUCCUCCUCCCUGCCCAACCAAAGACUAUCUACUAUCUACUAUCUACUAUCUCAAAAUUCUUAGGUUCCUGCUGAUCCACUGUCUGCUUCAGACUAUGAGAAGGCUGGAGCAGGGGCGGGAGACUUAGUCCCAUGGGAGAGUUCUUGCCUGGCAAGCACAGGCCCUGGGUUUAAUCCUCAACUGGGGAAGGAAGCUUUGCUGAGUGGCAGGGCAGUUGCCUCUAAUCACUGGGAGGAGGAGGCCCAGAGGCAGUGCAAGCAUCACCUGAAAUGCUGGCCGCCAUUUCUGUUGGCAUACUCCCCCUUCCCAGCUUCACAGGAAACCAUCCCAAGUCCUUUACCACAGGGCCUACACAGUGCCAACAUAAAGUUCAAGCUUCAGGUCCCCCGUGGCCCCAAGAUCAUGCCCAGUUAUCAUGUGAGCUUCUGGAGAGACGUCAACAAACAUCUAUUCACUUCAGGCAAGACACCAACAAAAGACCAAAGAAACAGCCCACUCUUGUCUAGCUUGGUAGACCAGUGCCUUGAUUGCAGUUACCUUCAGGUACACAGCAAACUAGGAAAAUACGGGCUGUUUCUAUAUCCUUAAGGGAAACUGAGGCCUCAUGAGCCCAGGCCCACCUCAUGACAGCCUGUUAAAGGCUCAAGUCUACGUGGUCUCACUGUGGUGUUCACAGCUGCCGAGGCUUCAGGAGAACAAUGAGUAUGUCAUUUAUGGGGGCAUCACAUUUCACUGGCACACAUCAGUUCUCCAGGAGGGAAGUGAGCUGACCCUGAAAAGUUGUCAUCAGAUCCCAACAAACUCCAGGUGAGAUGAGCCAAAGAAAUACUAGGUACAGCUCGGUCAGCCCACUAUAAACUCCAAAGCCUUUACAUAUGAAAGACCAGCAUUCAAGUAAGGCUAAGUUUCCUGGGAAGGGGCCCAGGUAAGAAGGCAUUGAGAUGAAAUACUCAAAGCACUGGAAUGAAAUUUUUGUCAAGAAUUAUCCAUCCAGCCAAACAGUCUGUCAGUAGUGGAGUGAACAUAAGAGCAUUCCCAGACAAAGAGUCUGUGCUUUAAGUCGCCUCACUGUAAGUGCUAAGAAAACCUUUUGCUGUGGGAGGAAAUGGUCCCAGAUGGGAAAGCAGACAGAUAAAUGGUAUUAAAGUCUGCACCGGGAUGAACAGACUCGAGAACAGCCUCGGUGUCAUAUGAAGUACUGGAACAAAAAAGUGUUGGGUUUCCAUAUCACACCCUUCAUUUGCUGUGUGAUCACUGUCUUAAUUACCCUUGUGCUGGUUGUUUUAAUGAUGUGCCUAAACCUACUUUGUAUUACUAUUUACUUCGUUUUGGUAAAAUAGAGAAAUGCUUCUGUAUA